AUGGGCGACUGGAGCUUUCUGGGGCGGCUACUAGAGAACGCGCAGGAGCACUCCACAGUCAUUGGCAAGGUCUGGCUGACGGUGCUGUUCAUCUUCCGGAUCCUGGUGUUGGGGGCGGCGGCGGAGGAGGUGUGGGGCGACGAGCAGUCCGACUUCACCUGCAACACUCAGCAGCCGGGCUGCGAGAACGUCUGCUACGACCGCGCCUUCCCCAUCUCGCACAUCCGCUUCUGGGCGCUGCAGAUCAUCUUCGUGUCCACGCCCACCCUCAUCUACCUGGGCCAUGUGCUGCACCUUGUGCGCUUGGAAGAAAAGAAGAAAGAGAGGGAGGAGGAGCUGCUGAGGAGGGACAACCCGCACCCUGCGCGGGCCCGGGCACUAGAGCGAGGCCGGGUGCGCAUGGCCGGGGCGCUGCUGCGCACCUACGUCUUCAACAUCAUCUUCAAGACGCUCUUCGAGGUGGGCUUCAUCGCUGGGCAGUAUUUCCUGUACGGCUUCCAGCUGCAGCCGCUGUACCGCUGCGACCGCUGGCCCUGCCCUAACACUGUGGACUGCUUCAUCUCCAGGCCAACGGAGAAGACCAUUUUCAUCCUGUUCAUGCUCGCGGUGGCCUGCGCGUCGCUCGUGCUCAACUUGCUGGAGAUCUACCACCUGGGCUGGAAGAGGCUCAGGCAGGGGGUGACCACCAACCUCGGCCCUGGCUCCCCUAAAGCCAGGCCGGGCUUCCCUGAACCCCUCCCCCUGGCGGCGACUGCUUCAUCUCCAGGCCAACGGAGAAGACCAUUUUCAUCCUGUUCAUGCUCGCGGUGGCCUGGGAGCGUGCGGGCCGGCAUCGCGGAGGCCGAGGCGCAGGUGGAGGAGCCCGCCCUGCUCCUUGGGGACAUUGAGAGGUCGAGCAAGGCCAGCAGCGGACGGGCCAAACCGGGGGACCUGGCCAUCUAGCCGUGGUCUCUCCAGACGGUUUUGAUACCCUUUUUCUAGAAAACCAAACCAAAGUUCAGUUCAAAUCAUCAGAUCCUGAAAUGGAGAGCGCACUGGAGUCCCAGGAGAGUCCCGGGUGGAGAGAAUCUAUCAAUCAGGGCUCCGUAUUUAAAUGUUUGCUGUUCUUAGCGCUGUGAGUUCCAGCGGGAUGAUACCAACAUUUCUGAGAUUGGGAGGUGCGGGCAAGGGGUAGCGAGUAAAGAUAUUCGCAGCAGUGCAGCAGCCUGGUUGCUGAGGGGCCUCUGGGCUCCCGCGGUCUCUCUGGGUAACUGUUCUGUUGUGAUAAAGCGACAGGUGUCUGCAGCCCUUCAGCCCCCGGACAAUUGGCUUUUCUGUCGCUAAGCUCACCAAGCCCCUGAGCAGCCCAGAAAGUUACAGACGCACUUAGCUCUAUCUCAGCUGGAUACUUUUAACUUAGAGUUGAAUUUCAUUUGGGAUAUUUGCCAAACUGCACUAAAAAAAGAUUCAGAGUGAGUCCACAUAGUGUCAUCUGAGUUUCUGAAAUUGCAUGUGAAGCACAGGAUGACAAGCUACAGGCUUCAUGACAAUUGACAAAGAGCAGUUACCCUCCAGAGGUACAAUGAGUAGGUCAGGGCCACAGAGGCUGCUGGUGGGAGGCAGGUGGGGACGUGGGGACACUUGAGAGCACUUUGCAAUGCUGAGGAAACUGACAUAAAAGUGUGGCAGGUAUGUCUUAGGUACUUAUUUUUUAAAUAUUUUGUGCUUUGAUUUGAGUGGUACAGGUAUGCCUAUCCCCACCACCAUCACCUUCCUUUCAGGAAUAACAGUACUGUUGAAAAGGACAUGGAUUCAGAGGUUGUUGGUUUGUCAUACAUAUUGGUAAAGAUUAUGAACUUUCUUUUAAAAGAAACUCUUCAUAAGUUAGCUAAACCCUAUGAGAAUUCACAAAUAAAAGCAGGGGGAAAUUUAAGUGCACUUCAAAUACUGGAAGUUGUGAAAAUUUUGAGUGAGUCAUUAAAAGUUAACUACUGU